UACCGUUUGAAUUUGAUUAAAAAGAACAUAAUUGACAUUGAAAUAAUAUUUAUGAGGAAAAACAAAAAGUGGAAAUGAUGGUAUUUAGAAACCAAAAUGAUUAAGACGGACAUUUACCUUCAUUUUAUAGUUUUAUUCGGUGUUGUUUCAAGUAUUGAGAUAGAAGAAUGUUACGAAGACAAAUGUGACGAGGUUUACGUCCCUCAUGCACCACUAGUUUUUUGUACAAAUUUACCAUUAGAGUUUCUGAACUGUAGUGAUCCAUUAGAUUUAAAUGGUAAUGCAACAAGACGUCAAGAAUUAGGAUAUGGUUGUACAAAGUAUGGUGGGAGAAGAUAUGAAGAUGUCCAGAAGACCAAAGUAAACUGUUCUGUUUUACCAGGGAUAGAAUGUUUUGGUGACAGAUAUUUCCUUAAAGAUGGUUUUCCAUGUAUCAAAUACACAGGUCAUUAUUUCCUAACAACUUUAAUAUAUUCUGUACUUCUUGGUUUUUUGGGAAUGGACAGAUUUUGUUUAGGACAAACAGGUACAGCUGUUGGUAAACUGUUAACCCUUGGUGGUUUAGGUGUAUGGUGGAUAGUAGACAUUGUAUUAUUAGUGAACGGAAUUCUAUUACCUAAUGAUGGCAGUAACUGGGUGCCUUACUAUUAAAAACAGUUUUUAAAAUUAGGAUAAAAACUGCUUUAUACAUAAAUAAUAGAAAUAAUGUUCUUUUUAUUGUGUCAGAAUAUUGUUUGAGUUGUCAAGUUGUCAGACAUAUUGACAAUAACUGCAAUAACAAAAUUUCAGAAAGUAAUUUGAAUGCAUAUUGGCUACUACAAUGAGUGAUCAUGUAAAAUGAUUCAUUACUUUGAAAGCUUUAUAUAUGUUUUUUAGAAAGCACAUUAUAUUCAUACAUACAACUUCAAAUCUUAACACCACAUCAUAUUCCAUAAUAAUCAUACUCAUCAAAUCAGUUUCCAUCUACCGGUAGUUUAACAUUUGUAUCAGAUAAAGGAGCAUUAACUUUGUAAUAAAAACACAUUUUCUUUACCUUUCAACUCUGUGAUAACUUUUCAUAAAAUAUAUACACCAUAUGAACAUACUUUUGAUAUAACAUCUGUCAUGUACCAAUUCUGUAUAUUGAUCAGGAAAAAUAAAUUUGGUAUGAAAAAUAACAGAAAUAAUGAAUAUAAGGGAGAUAAUUCAUGAUUUUACUGUAGUAUAUAUAGAGUGUGAAAUACCAUUGUUUUCACCAUAAGCCACAAUUGGGAUUUUUUUCAAGAAACAAACUUAUAAACUUAGUCUAAACCUUGUUCAAUUUGAAGAAAAUUUAUUAGGCCAAUAUUUGUUAGACCCAAAAUAAAGGUUCCUGUUGCUUUCUUAAAUAAGGUAAUAUGAAAUAUAUUUUUCUGCUCUUGGUGUAAGGAUAAGUUACAAGAUGUUACAUAAUAAUGAAUAAUUGGGUGCAAGAUUAUUCAAACGCUAAAUUUUGAAUAUCAUGAUUUAUCUUAAUUCGAUGACUGCACCCAUGUUUCUCAAUUGGUAAUUGUAACCUAUUUAUGGUGAAGACUAAAAACUUCCAUAAAUAAUCAAAAGUGUUGUGAACAUCCCAUUUUUUUAAAUCACAUAGGCAAGCAAUAUCAAUACCAAGACAUGUUUUGGAUUUUGAUUUAAAAAAAAUGAAGGUAUGCUGGAGUCUCAGAAGUUCUUUUACAAAGUUCUUUCUUUUAUA